AUGGCAGGUUUGCGAUUUUUCGAAAAAAUCAAGAAAAUAGAAAUACAGGAAAUUGAGAAAAAAAUAGCAAGCAUUCAUAAAUCAGUCUUAUCAAAUUUUGUCAGCUUAGAUAUUUUAAAGAAGGAUGAAAUAAUUGUAUACUGGAAAAAAAUAAAUAUAUCUGUAACAGAUGUAAAAGCAAAUGUAACACAGUUUUUUGACAAUUAUAAGAAUUUUGAAAUAUGUGAUGAAAGAAAUUUAUUAAUUGGUGAGUAUUUUAUAUAUUUGAUAAUAUUCUUGAAAAAUGCAAAAAUUAAAAACAAUCCCUUUAGAGUAAUAAAUUUUUAUAUAUUUACGAACAACAAGUGGAAAGAUAAAUUAAUUUUUCAUUUUUUAAAAAAUAUCUUUUUAAAGGAUUAUAGGGAGCAUUAUAAUAUGAGUUGUAAAACAUUAGUAAUUGAAUAUAUAAUAAAUAAUCAUGAUAUAUUUAAUGAACAUAAUAUUAGCAUGUUUUAUACAGAUAUAUUAUGGUACAUUAACAACAAGUUGAAAAUCAAUUUUUUAAAAAAAAAUCAAAAUUAUUUAAACAUUUUUGCAAAUUUUUUAAUAACUUUUAAUGGUAACGCAACACUAGAAUUAAAAUGGGAUAUGCUUGAAAUAUUUUUUCUUAUAUCAAAAAAUUUAAAAAAAAUUUUGUUGCAAUUUCCUUUUGAUAAAGACAUAUGUACACAUGUGUGCUUAAUAUAUCAACAAGUGAAAAAUAUUGUAAUUAAUUAUGAAAGAAAUAUACUUCAUAUUUUAAGCGAACAAAAAAAUUCUUACGUUGUUCUUAAAGAACAAGUUAGUGAAAAGCAGAAAAACAUUGAGAAUAAGAAAUGCACAAUUGAAAAAAAAAAUUACGAGAAUUAUUUUCAUAUUAAUGUAACAGAAAAUGGCACUAUACCGGACGAGAAGUAUCUAACUAAAACAAGCAAUAAAAAAAAAUACAGAACAAAAACUGGGUAUACUGCAGUAAUUGAAGAAAAUGAAAUUUGGAGUUCAGUCUUACAAGGUUUAAAUAGAGGCGUACAUAAAAUAGGAUAUGGGAGUGAAAUAGAGUUUUUGAAUGACGAAUAUGAAAAGGGAUGUAAAAAUAAAUGUCAGAAAAACAAAAGGGAAGACACGAACGAAAACGGAAUACUCUUAGACAUUGCAGGAUACAACAUAUAUUUAUCAUUUAUUAAAAAGAUUAAGGAAAUGCUUGAAGAAUGCAAUAAUGUUAUAAAAGAAAAAAAAAAGGAGAACCCUUUUUUAAUAUUAUGUAAAUAUAGAAGUAUUUUAAUAAUAAAAUAUAAAAAUGUAAAAAAUGUUAGCACUGAUGAUAAUUUGGAUUAUUUCGUGUUAUUUUUUAAAAUAAAAAAUUUACUAUGCGGAAAUAGUAAAAACCCAUUUUUUAUAUUUCUGUGUAUAGAGAGCAUAAACUUUUGGUUGCAGAAAAAUGAAGGAUUACAAUAUAUUUUUGAAUGUGUAAAGGAUUAUUUUCCAACGAAUAAACAAAAUGAAAAAUCUUUUUCUUACAAAUCGGAGAGUAAUAAUUGUACAGAAGAAUGCGUAAAAAAUGAUAAUUUGUUGAGUAAAAAAAAUUGUGGAAACAAAAAAUUUUGUGAAAAUGAUGAAGUUAUGAACGAACAAAAAAACAAUUUUGUUUCUAGGAAUACAUUUUCUAAAAUAAAUGCCUUUGAAAAUAAUUUAUUUGAAGGAGGUAAUGACGAAAAUAUCAUUAGGAAAAAAGGUUGUACCAUUGACGAAUUACGUAAUAAUGAGUUUCACAAUCAUCAUUGUGAUCACCAUUUCUUUGACGAAGGGGGAAAUAUAAAAGAUGGAAGAAUAAAUUUUUUUUUACUAAAAAAUGGAGGUAAGAAUGCUAAACCUGAGAGAGAACUAUAUAAUUGUGAAAAUGUUUCUCUUACGGAUUUAAGUGAAAUUGUUAACAGUGAAGAAAGUGUGAAUAUAAAUAAUUUAAAAAUAUAUUUCAACUAUUUCAGUGAUGAAAAGAAAAUAGAAUUUUUAAAAGAAUUAUACGCAAUUAUAAUUAAGAGUAUUUUACAAUUAAUAAAGAAAUAUUCACUGUAUAACAUUAAAAUAAUAUGGAAAAGUUGCAUAGGUGUUUAUGAGCUUUUACUUACUAGCAAGAAAAAUACAUUUAUAAAAAAGGAUGUCUAUAACAAUUUAACAUAUAUUAUUUUUUAUCAGGAAAAAAAAAAGAAAUAUUUAUGUUUGUCAUUGUUAUUAAAAUAUUCUAAGGAAUUUAUGUGUCAUAAAAACGUGUUAGAAUAUUUAUUUUACUGCUUUUUUCAGAAGGAUGAUUUUUUUUUGUUUAGUUUAUAUGAGUUGAUAAAGCAGUGCAUUAAACAUAUUUUUACACAUGUAGAAGAUAAAUAUUUAUUAUAUUGUAUAUUUGUAAAAAACAUUUUAAUAACAGAUAGCUUUUGUAUGAAAACAUUUUACAUAAAGAAGUUUAUUGAGUUGUUUUAUAAAAGUGAUAAUAAUUAUUUGUAUUUUAUUAUAAAUAAGGAAUAUUAUCGUUUAAAAACAUAUUUUGAUAAACAUAAAGAGAAACAAAUAAUAAAAAAUAGACCAGCAUAUUGCACCAGACACAGUGAUAUUAAUGUGGAUAAUUUCAUAUGCGUAAAUAACAUGAUGAAAGGUAGAAAGGAACUGAUAAAUGAACAAUACUUCCAAUAUUUGAGGAAUCAGUUGUUAGAGAUAAACAAAUCAGAAGAGAUAUGGUAUAACCACAUAACAUAUAAAAAAGAGGAAAAUAUUUUUUUUAAUUAUAAAAUUGUAAAAAUGGAAAUAGAAAAAUAUGGUGGUAGAUAUACAUGUGAACUAGAAGAAAUGAAAGUAGAAAAAUAUUAUUUAUAUAAUUUUCAUUGUAUAGAAAAAAUUAUUUAUUUGGAAUUAUACACAUUAUGCACAUUGAGAAAAUAUGAACACAUCGAGAUAGUAAAUUAUAAAAAUGAUUAUUUUUAUCAGUUAUGUGGUGAUUUUUUAUUAAAUGUGAAAACGUUAAAAAAUUUUCUUUAUUUUUCAAAUGACGAAGUAAUAUUAUCUAUUUUGUCUUUUAUAUGUGAAAACAAAUAUUUAAACAUAUGUGACUUAUAUCUAUUUUUAACUUUUUUAACUACAUCCAUAACCAAUAUUACAAGAACAAAUAGAGAUUCUUAUAAAAAAUAUAUUUUGUUAUUUUUUGAAAAAUUUUUUGUUUUUUAUCAAAGAAUGAUCGAAUUGGAUAGAAGAAAUAACAAGAAGGAGAAGCAGGGAGGAAGAAAAAAAAAUUUAGAUCAAAAGGAUGGGAAAAACGAUCACAAAAUGAAUGAAAACAACCGUGUUAGAAAUUGUGAAAGGACAGAAAACACCGGAGAACAUGAAAAAAUAUAUUAUGAAGAGGGAAAUAAACCAUAUUACACAUACGAUCAUACCGAUAUAUUAGAUUUAAGAAAAGCCAUACGUUUCUUAUAUGGUAGUAGUACAAAGGUCCUUAAUGCAGAUAUUAGUAGUUACUUUUUAAAAAGUGUAUAUUCUACUUGUAUACUUUAUUCAUCAAAUGGAAAUUACGUCAAUGUUAAUAAAGGGAUUUUUUUGUAUAAUUACUAUCUAAUGAAUAUAAUUUUUAUUUUAUUUAAAAGCACAAAUAAAGAUAUGAGCAUAGAGGUAUCUGUUUAUUGUUCUGAUAUAUUAAAUACAAUAGUAGAUUAUUUUGCAUAUUUUGACAAUAUUAAUUUUUUUUUUUUUCUAUUUAAUGUUAAAACAACUUGGAAGGAAUUCUAUUUAAUAUCAAAAGAAAUUUUUUUUAAAACAGCAAGUAUAAUUCUGUUAAAAAAACAAAAUCUUGAAUGUUUAAAUAAGUCAUUUAUUCCAUUAAUGAAAUCUCAUAGACAAGUUGAUCAUUCCUUUUCUGCCUUCUUGUUAAAAUUGUGUUAUAUAUCAAUAAACUGUAACAGUAAUAUCACAGAAAAGAAUAAAAUGAAUUUAUUAAACAAUACGAAUACUAACGGAAGCAGUAGUAAUAAUAUGACAUUUAUAAAUGUGCAUAGUUUGAAAUUAUUUGUGAAGGAAGAUGUACUUUCUUGUAACUUUUUUAAUCAUCUAAAUAAAUUUAGCGAUAUUGGGAAUAAUAUAAGGGGAAACAACACAUAUUUAACGAAUUACAUAAAUUAUUUACUUAGUGAUAAUUGCAAAUAUAAUAUGUCUAGAAAUAUUUAUUUGUAUAUAUUAGAAAAUUUUAUUAAUAAAAUAAAAAAGGAAAGCAUUGUGAAAUUGACGAGGCAUAAGGAUAUAGAAAAUAGUGAAAUGUACAAACUAGCGUAUUACAUAAAUGAAUUUGUGUCAUACUUAAAGGAUAACAUCAAUUUCAAUAAGGAGAUAGAGAAUGUUGAAUUGUUUAGAUCCUUUUGUGAAAUAAGUUUAUGCAAAUGUAGCACAUAUUUAAAUUUUGAUAAAUAUAAGCUAGUCCACAUUUUAAUUAAUAACGUUUCAGCAUCAUACAGCUAUUUACUAUUGUUAAAAGUGCAUAUAUGCACAAUUUUGUACUAUUUAUUCAACUACUUAAACAUCUUAUUUCUAAGCAGUUCGAAUAACUUCUUUUAUGACUGCAGAGGGCACUUAAUAUUUGAAAAAGAGAAUGAAAAGGAAGCAACCUCCAUAAUUAUAUGGUUAUCUAUUAAGUACAUAUGCACAUUAAUUACAUCAAUAGUUGAUUUUUCUUUUAAAUUUAAUAUUAAAUACUGUGUAAAUUGUUACAAAUGGUCACCUGAUAAAGAAUCUAUAUUAAUAGAUAAAAUUUCAACAAGAAAAUACGAAGGCGAAAAGAAUAUAGAAGCAGAAAAUGUAACUCUUAUAUGUGAAAAUAAAAAUAUAUCUAUAUGUUUUUUUAACAAGACAGAAAUUCAUUUUAUAAUUCAAAAUCUUCUAUGUUUAUUAUUAUAUUCAAAGCAUGUUGCGUGUCAGCAAUAUUUAGCCGAUUGUUUACUCGAUGUUUGCAAAAUUAUAGUAAUAAAAACUAAUGAAGAUAUGCAAACAAUUCCUUUGUUUUAUAUAUAUAUAAUUUUGCAUAUUUUUAAAAGUGAAAAAAAUACUAUAAAAUGUAUUGGGGAAAAUGUAAAUAUAAACGAAGCAAAUAUGCAACAGAAGGAAGUUUCUACGAAUGAUAUCACAAGUAACAAAUCACAACAGAACAUUAUAAAUGAUAGUUAUAGUAUCAUUAGUGAAAACAAUAAUAGUAAUAAUUUUAAAAUUUUGAAUAGAAUUAUUGUCAGUCUAAAUAAAAAACUAACUUCGAAAGAUGAGAACAACGUUGAUAUAAGUGAAUUUUUAUCUAUAAAUUUUAGUAAUUCGUAUUUUAAUACGGAAAAUAAUGAAGGAGGGGAAAAUAUGAAUAUAAAUGUAAGUAAAAAUAAAAAUACAAAUGUAAGUAAAAAUAAAAAUACAAAUGUAAGUAAAAAUAAAAAUACAAAUGUAAGUAAAAAUAAAAAUAUAAAUCGUAACUAUAGAAUAGUAGACGAAAAAGGAAACGUAAUUAAUGGAGACAGUUGCUCGAAAUAUUUUCAUGAUCAAAGGAAGUUUGAAAUAAAUGAAAAAUUAAAUAAGCUCAUCUUAGAUAAUAAAAAAAUUAAUAGAAAUUUUUUAAGAAAGUCGAGCAACAUGUGUUUAGCUUUAAGUUCUUUAGCCAAGUCGUAUAGAAUUAAAGAACAAUAUAUCAUAUAUAACUUUAUAAUUAGAAUUACCCUAAAUUACUUGUAUAAUGGUAAUAACAAAUAUAAAAAAGUGAUUUGCUUAAAUAUUAUAAAACAUAUAUAUACCAUUAUAGAUAAUAAAACAUUAUAUGAAUAUAUUAAUGAUAUAUACAAAAUAUCAUUAAUUUAUUAUAAAAGUAAAUUUUUUUGUCUAAAAAGUUCUAGUACGUCGUUAUAUAACAUUUUGACAAAACGAUUGUUAGCUAAAUUGAAUUAUUCAUAUCACGUAUCAUCAAAUAUGUACUAUUUCUGUACAGGAAGUAAAAGUAGAAUAUUUAAAAAUAUAAAUUUAACAUUUUUUGAUUUACUAAAUUCGGUUAAUUUAUUAAAUAUAUUUCUAAAUGUGUUUAUGAAGAAGUGUACAUCUUUAAAUAAUGAAUUUUGUAGUAAAUACAAAUUUGAAUCCUUUUUUGAUUACUCCCAUUUUUAUGCUGAAUUUAUACCAAUAUUAAUAUUUUUGUCAAAUAUUAUAAUUUUUAACAAUGACGAUUAUUUCUUACUCUACAGUAAUAAGGGAGAUUUGUCGACUACUUGUAAUAUGUACAAAAUUUUAGAAAAACGAACAAAUUAUAUCGUAAAUAAUUGUUGGAAGGCGGAAAUAGAAACAAAUAAUGAAGAGGGGUACAAUAAAAAGGAGAUUAGUUCCGAUAACGCUACAGCGAGUUAUAAAACAAAUUAUAACUUUGUUGACAAUAUAAGUAAUGUAAGUAUAUAUUUCAUAUUUUUAAAAUAUUUCAAAAAAUUACUAACAUUUGGUAACUAUUUUGUUCAAGUUCUUAUUUGCAGAAUAAUCACCAACGUUUACUUACACAUCUACCUAAAGUUGAAGAAGGAAAAUUUGAUUUUUAAUUUUUUGAAUAAAGUUGUAAUAAAUGCAGUUAGAAAAAAAAAGAAAAAUUGCUAUUUGCUUUUAUUUAUUGAAUUCGUUAGGAGAAAGGAAACAACCAUUUUAAUAGAUGAAAAUAAAAGAAAAUUCAGAAAAAUGUUUUUUCAAUUUUUAUCUAUAUUUAUAAAAAGUAAUGCAUAUUCAGUAAUGUUAUUAAUUCUACAAAUUUUAAACAUUCUGUAUAGUAAAAUUCCAAUUACAAUAAACAAAAAUGUGGUAGUUCUGUUAUUUAAUAAAAUAAGUUUAUAUGAUAAUGACAUGUAUAUACCUGUAUUAAUCAAUGAGUUUCUGAUGAAAAUUACCAAAACUGUUAAUAAUUUUGUAUCUAUAUUAGACAUAUAUUUGUCUAUUAAUAAUGAAAAUUAUAUAGAAUCGUUAUUGUAUAAUUGGUUAUUAAAUAUAAAAAAAAGAGAUAAAAAGGAAUUUCAAAUAAAGGAAAACGAAUUAAAUAAAUUUUCAGAUUAUAAUUCUUUUAAGUUUUUUACCAACUAUAAUAAAAAGGAAUCCAUAUUUAUUACCAAAAAGGGAAUAUGUAAUCGAGUAAUGAAACAUGUAUAUAAUGAAGAUAGGAAUCAGGAUGAUUCCGGUGAUAUUGGGCAAUCAGUGGAUGAAUAUACAUAUAUAUAUCUUUAUUUAUUACUGUUUGAAAUUAUUUAUAUGUACGAUGAUAAUAUAAACAUAAAGAAAUACUGCUUUAGCAUUAUAUUAACGGUUAUAAAAUAUAUAUCUUUAGAAAAUUUGUUUUUAUUUGAAACGAUGAAACAAUAUUAUUUAAAGAAUGUAGGGAAGAAUUACCUAGACAAGUAUAUUAUUUCAUAUAGUUAUCUUAUGUGCGUAAAAUUUUUUACUAGUGUUAAAAAAGAGGAUAGAGAAAAAGGAGUAAUUACUAGAUGUUUACCUAGAGGCAUUUUCUUUAAAAAUAUAUUUGAUUAUAUUGAACAAGAAAGAAAAAAUAGGUUAUCAUUACUGUUAACUUCUGGUAGUAACUUGAAUACAUAUAUUUAUAAUUUUGUGUAUUUUUAUUUUCUUAUAUUUAUGAAUUUUUUUUCAUUGUUAUAUAAUAAAAAUUCAGUUACAUAUACGAAAUAUUUUAUAAAAGCCUUUCUAAAUUACGGUGUUGUAGAAUAUAAUUACGACGAGUUAGAAAAGGAAGAAAAAGAAAUGAGUAAAAUGAGUAGCCAUGUAGAAAAUAACCAUAGAAAAUAUAAAGAAUCUCUAAGCAAAAAGGAAAUUUUCGUAAAAUAUUAUUCGGCAAAAAAUGGCUUGUUAAAUAUGAAAAUGGAGGACAUAGAAAAAAUAGAAAAUAAGAGAGAACGUUUUGAUAUGACAUAUUUUGCGAAUAAUAAUAAUUGUACUUCUAGAUACAACUAUCAGAUGGUUACUAAUAAUUAUAUGUGUAAUGAAGAUAAAGAAGAAUGCAACAAUAUUAGCAUUGAUUCGUGUACAAAAAUUUAUAUAACUAAUGUGCAUAAAAAAUAUUCAAAGUGGUAUAAAAAUGAUUUAAACAAAUAUAUACAAAAAAUAGUAUAUAAUAAAAUAAUAAAACAAAACAUCACUGUCGAUAUUAUUUAUAUAAAAAAUCCACUAAAACAUGUUAGAAAGUACAAUUUAUUUACCAGUUUUUUUAUAGUAUUAUAUAGCUGCAUAAUAUUCAUGUUAAAUGAUGAAAAUGAGUUAAUAAGAUAUAAAACGAAAAUUGUAGUAUUAGAUUUUAUGAAUAAGAAUUUGGUAAAUAUUUCAAAAUAUAUGAAGGAUAUGAUGUGCUGUGAAUUUUUUAUCUAUUAUAUUUCAAAAUUUUAUAGUAACAUAUCCUUAUACAUUUUAACUUUUUGCAUAUAUCAAACAAAAGGCUGUAUUAAGAAUAGUUUCUAUUACAAUCCCAUAAAAUUAUUUGACCAAGAAAAAUACAAUUUGUAUAUUAACAAUAUACUGCUAAAUCAUUUAUUUUUGUUUUAUUAUUUAUAUAACAUAAUUAUGAGCACACAAAAAGGUGCCUGUUGCAUGAAAUACCUACAUGAUGUUAGCAAUAUGCAGUUCAAUAGCAGUCCGAUUGGGCAUCAUAGGGGGAGAGGUUCUGAUAAUAGAAUAGUUCACGGACAUUUUGAGGAAGUUGAUAACAGUAUUGGAAACAUUGAUGUUAUUAGAGGAAGUAAUAGAAAUAGAAGUAGUAAUGGUAUUAGCGGAAGUAAUAUAAAUAGAAGCAGUAACAAUAACAACUGUAGUAGUAAUAGCAGUGGAAUUAAUGAAGCAAAAUUCCAUGCGAAAAACAAGCAGUGCAAAACUGAUGUUAUUGAUUUUUACGUAUUCAUUGAUACGCUAAGCUUCGAAAAAAAGGAGAAAACUGUGAACGAUUUAGUAUUUGACAGUAUAAUUGCAAAUAUAUCAAAGUAUGAAAUAAAUUUGUCUAAUCAUGAUAUAUAUUUAUUAAACUAUAGACGUACAUGGAAAAAGAUAAUUAGCAAUUUAAGAAAUAAAAUGUACAAUUCUAAAGACUAUAAUUCUGUAAACAGUGAUGAACAACAGUAUAUAACAGUUUUUUUAUCAGCAUUAAGAAUGCAUACCAUAUCAGACAUUAAGAGAAGUUUAAAUGAUUACUUACUUUUAUUACAUUCUGAGAAAAAACUGGAUUUGUUUGAUUCUAAUAUCCUUAUUUGCUUAAGUAAUUUAUUUAAUAAAAUAAUUAUCCUCCUAAUCAAUUUGUAUAUUUUUUUUCAAAAAAAUAUAGUUCUCUAUUACAACAGUUAUUUCUAUGAUGAAAUAAAUAUUAUUAAAACUAAAACAACAUUCAUUUAUAAUACGUUUAAAUUAACAAGAUAUGAAAUCAACCCGUUUUUAUUGAAAACUAUGGAACUUCUGUUAAGUAUACUGAAUAGUACAUACUUGAAAAAUAAUAACUUUUUUUCAGACAUUUACACAUUAUUAUAUUCUUUGAAAAUUUCGAUUUAA